AUGUCAAUCGAGCUCAAUUGGGAGACGCUGACGACGGGCCCUGACGGCGACGAGCUGGCGCACCGCAUCCGGGAUUUCAUCCACUCCAAAUUCCAGGCGGUGCCGCUGCCACGCUUCAUCAAGUCGGUCACGGUCCACGACUUUCAGUUUGGUGCUAUUCCGCCCGAGCUAGAGCUCAAGGACAUAACGGAUCCCUUGCCGGACUUUUACGAGGAGGAUCCGGAUGUGGAUUACGAUGACGAGGAGGACGAGGACGUCGAGGAAACCCAGGACUACGAGGAGCGCCGCAGCGAGGCGGCUGCUUCUCCUGCGCGUUUGGGUCACGAUGGGCUUUACGGUGGACAGCGGGGAGACGCCAUGAACAAGCUGGACCGGAUCGCCAGCAGCAGCAGCAGCACCGUCGGUGGCGGGAGAGGUUCGGCGGUGGGGAGGCCGGCCGCCGGACCGCCGCAGACGCCGACGAAAAGCGCCAUCAACAUCAACACGCGGAUGCGAGGCGAAGCACCGCCGCAGGACCUGACGUCUCCCUUCCUCGGAGUCUCGACGCCGGGGAUCCUGUCGGGCGGCACGUCCAACUUUUCCUACUUCCACUCGCACCUGGCCUCGUCGGGCCUGUCGGGCACCCAGACCCCGCUGGCCGCCGUCGCCGGCGCGCAGCUCGGCGGUCCCCCGCAGUGGAACGGCCUGCGCAGCACCGGGAGGGGCAGCGGGCGGAGACGGUCGCUGGCGGCUGCGUCGCAGGGCCUCGACGGCGAGGGCUUCACGCCGUCGCACAGCCGCAACAGCUCCAGCGUCUCCAACGCCGAUCUCCAGCCGGGUGGCAUCGGCGGCCUGGGCGGCCGCCUGACCCCGACGUCGUUUUUGCGCAGCGGCCAGCAUACGCUGCGGGAGAAGCACAGCGUCAGCACCCUGGCGCCCACCAGCGUCGGCACGUCGCGGCCGCCGACGCGCGAUCUGACGACGGCCAUGUCUACGACGCAGGGAGACGGGGGAGGCGGGGACGGCAACGGCGAGGAGGGGGAGUCGGCUGCGGGCAAUGAGCAAAACGAGAGCGAUUCGUCGGACCGGGCAAAGUACCGCGAGCGGCGCAUCGAGGACAUGCAGGCCGUGUUCCGGAUAAAGUACGCCGGCGACGUCAAGCUGCUUCUCACGGCCGACAUACUGCUCGAUUACCCGAUGCCCAGCUUCGUCGGCAUCCCCGUGCGGCUGAGCAUUACCGGCUUGACCUUUGACGGCGUCGGCGUCGUAGCGCACAUCCGGAAGCGCGUGCACUUUUGCUUCCUGAGCCCCGAGGACGCCUUGGCGGCCGUGGGCAGCGCUAGUGGGAAGGAGGCUGGCGAUGGCGAUGAUUAUGGAGACACGUCUGGCGGGUCGGCGGUGGCGGCGGCUGCUUCUUCUUCCUCUUCAGCCUCUACAGCUACGACACCCCAAGGUGCCGCCGCGUUACCUUCGCCUGCUGGUGCCGGUGCAGUUCCCGGGUCGGACGAAAAGCCCGGUGGCAACACCAGGAUGGGAGGCUUGCUACAGGAGAUCAGGGUGGAGAGUGAAAUUGGACAGCGCGAGGGUGGCAAGCAGAGCCUGAAGAACGUAGGCAAGGUGGAGAAGUUUAUUCUCGAGCAGGUCAGAAGAAUAUUCGAGGAGGAAUUUGUGUAUCCAAGUUUCUGGACCUUUUUGGUCUAG